CUUUAGUUACUGCUGCACACCACAGAAGAAGAAGCUGUAGCUGCAUGCCUGUAACGAUGGCGGCCGCCCUGAGAGGAAGCUUAGUAACAUUGGUCAAGGGCCUGAGCAGCCCCCGGUGGCAGCAGCUGGCCUCUCGACCACUGAGUGUGUCCACUGCUCUCUGCAGCUCAGAGGCUCCGCCUGCCCGCGCUGAUGCUGUGUUCAAGGUCACGAUGGUGCCAGGGGAUGGAGUGGGACCUGAGCUGAUGACUGCUGUCAAGGAAGUGUUCAAGGCAGGAGACGUCCCGGUGGAAUUUGAGGAGUUUCACCUGAGCGAGGUUCAGAACAUGGCCAGUGAAGAGAAGCUGGACCAAGUGUUAAACUCUAUGAAGACCAACAAAGUGGCCAUGAAAGGAAAGAUUCACACACCCAUGGAGUUCAAAGGAGAGCUGGCUUCAUAUGAGAUGAGACUAAGGCGUAAACUGGACCUGUUUGCUAAUGUGGUCCAUGUGAACAGCCUGCCAGGCUACAGCACGCGCCACAACAACUUGGACUUGGUCAUCAUCCGCGAACAGACUGAGGGGGAGUACAGCUCCCUGGAGCACGAGAGUGUGUCGGGUGUGAUCGAAUGUUUGAAGAUCAUCACCAGAGAGAAGUCACGGCGCAUCGCCAAGUUCGCUUUCGAUUACGCCACCAAGAAGGGACGAAGCAAGGUCACUGCUGUUCACAAGGCCAACAUAAUGAAACUAGGUGAUGGCCUGUUUCUGCAGAGCUGUGCGGAGGUGGCACAACUGUACCCCAAAAUCAAAUACGAGAACAUAAUCAUUGAUAACUGUUGCAUGCAGCUGGUCCAGAACCCGUACCAGUUUGAUGUGCUGGUGAUGCCCAACCUGUACGGUAACAUUAUUGAUAACCUGGCGGCGGGGCUGGUUGGAGGAGCAGGAGUUGUUCCUGGGGAAAGCUACAGUGCAGAAUAUGCUGUGUUUGAGACUGGUGCACGCCACCCCUUUGCACAGGCUGUAGGAAGGAACAUUGCCAACCCCACAGCCAUGCUGCUCAGUGCUGCUAACAUGCUCAGGCACCUCAACCUGGAGUAUCACUCCCAUAUGGUGUCAGAUGCUGUCAAGAGGGUCAUCAAACAGGGCAAGGUACGGACACGGGACCUUGGCGGUUACUCUACCACCAGCGACUUUGUGCGUGCUGUUGUGGAAAACCUGCGUCACCGACCUGUUUGCUAAGAUGUUUCAUCGCACUCUUCACUGACAUUUCCUUAAAUGUGGACAUUGCUUUUAACAUGAACUGGACGCAUGUUAAGACUGGCGUCCCUUCUCAUUGCUUAAAGACAAUUGAGCCAUUACUUGCAUCAUAAUUUAUGUGGUUUAUACCGCAUUUGCUGAUACAUCCAGUGGACUCAGCGGUGCCUUGUGUUGUACUUUACUCAAAAAUGUGCAGUUCUCUCAUAGAUUUGCAUCAUUCAUCAAUAUUAUCUCGACACCUUCCCUCAUAGUUGCAGUCCAUUUCUUAGCAUCUUUUUGCUUUUGCGGUUUCUACAUGGCUUAUUAAUCUGGGAGAGCUUUUUGUCUGCCCAUUUUCAUGACCCUGUGCUUGUUCCGUCAGCCAUGUUGGCCACACAGACAGUCUCCCUCUGCUUGGGCUGGACGAUACCAAAAAAAUCAUACAUCACAGUAUUUUUUUACCAAAUACCUCGAUAUCGAUAGUGCGACGAUAUUGUAGGGUUGACUAUUGGUACUGUCACAAAAUAUUGACACAAUGAGAUUUUUAAUCAUCAGUAAUGUGGAUAUAUUGACUAAGUGGUUAAAGGCAAAUAGAACAGCUAGAACAGUCUGAACUUAUAACCAUAUCUAAAAUCUAGGACAAUAUCUGGUCCAUAAAGCCACCAGACUGCCUUUAUCAGCAGUUUAUAUCAGCUUAUCUGCUUUUGCCUCAUACUUCACUAACUCACCUCACUUUUAUCUCAUUUUCUGACUGCCUCGUAUUAACUGUGUUAGUAUACAGUACGAUAACAUCAUGAUCCAUCAAUACCCUAUCAUUUGAUUUCUGUUUCCAUUGAUUUACCAUAUGGCCAAGGCAAACCUAUCCUAAUGCAAAAUGCAUGUUUCUUGCAGUGAGAUUAAAAUACUGUUGAUAUUUUAACAUUAACAUCUAAAGAAAACCAAAAAUAUCCAGUUCUUUCAGGCACUACUACACUGACUGUGAAAUAACUUUCAGGUGCUGCAACAAAAUGAGAACUUUUAUAAUAAUUCUACAGUUUCAUAGCCACAGAAAACCUCCCUGUGUGAUGGCCAUAAAGCCAGUCUGAAUCAUACAUUGGUAUAGUGUAGAUUAUUUGAUACAUUUUUAGUCUUUUGACAAAAAAACAAAAUGGGUUCAUUCAUAUUUUUUACAUUUAUACAUCAUCUCCUAGGACUCACAUAAACAGGUUUUGUAUAAGAUGGUGCUGCCUGUUACCACAGAGCUUUUUUCAGGCCAUUGAUGCUGUGAGAAUUUAAAACACUGCUUUUUGUCUUACUGUGCCACAAUUUAAGACUUCACAAUUUGUUCGCUGUUAACCACAAAUAAUGAAAGAUAAAUUAAUAUAUUACUCACUGCACUCAUGUUCUGACCUUUGGGUUUAAUCUAACUUUUCAAACUUUCUGGAGAAUGUGUACCACCAACAGUGUAAACAGUGUCAUGUCCUUUGUGCUCAUCAGAUGUCGUUGUCUUUUUGAUCACAAAUUCUUUAUUGAGAUUUCAUACCUGCAUAUUUAAGCUUGUCAAAAGUGUGAUGUGAUAAUGAAUAAAUAACAUUCUGUUGUCUCUUAA